UUUGCAUAUAUGCUGUCUCACAACAUUCAUUAUCCGAUAGACUAUUGGAUUCAAUAAAUUCAAUUUGCCUUAUUUGGCAGAUGCCUUCAAAGGAAACAAAUGACACAUUUUUUACAACACAAGGAAAUAGUCUGUUCUAAUAGUAAUAGUAUCUAAUAGUGUUGUUCUGAGCAGUACCUCUACUCUAACACAACUGUAACUAGCUGGUAAUCUUUUCUAUCUAGAGUUUCUGUUAAUCACAACGUGACAUGAUGGAUAACGGUAGCAGAGAGGUGUUAUGGAAGGAAGGGCUGGACACAGGAUUGUUACAGGAGCGAAUUGGAAUACAGAAGGAACAGACGGUGGAUUGGAUUGCAAUAAAAAAUAUGUUGUUGGACAGUUGGAAAAAACAGGGAAAACAUGGGUUUCUAUAUGAAGAGAACAUCAUGCCAACCAUGGAUAAGCCUAAAGUAGAGGAAGAGCCUCAAAGAAAAGACCUUCAGAAAAAAUAUGUUCUUGCCACACAGGAGAUCACACAAGAACAUAUUUUUGGAAUUGCAAUUAUUUUUGCGAUUGCAGCGUUUAAGACCAUAAAUGAAGACUUGACUCAGAGGGUGAAAACACUGGAGACAGAGAACCUACAUCUGAAACAAGAAAUGGAGAAUUGGAGGGCAAGGGAACUCCAAGAGAGAGACUUAGAGAAACCAACCCGAAUGGUGGAGAUGGAAAAGAUGAUUAAAAUGAUGGAAUAUUACAGAGAGAGAUAUGAAAAAGAGAUGGCCCGAAUGGCCAAUGUUCAAAUGAAAGAGGAAAGAAGACAAGAGGAGGUCAACUUGGAUGUCAAAGAUAAAAAGAAUGUGUUGGAGGACAAGCAAAAAAUUGAAGAUGACAGAAAAAGCACAGAAGAUGUGGAACAAGAGAGAGCUCAAAAGAAAACAAACAGACAGAAUGAGAAACCAGUGAAGGAAGACCACAACUGGGUGGAGGAGGAAAGUAAUGUUAAAGACAUGGGACAUGCAGAUGAAAAGACAGAAGGUGAAAGUAAGGUAUUGGAGACGGGGAAAGAAGGUGAUCAGACUGUGGAAAAGGAGUUUCUGAAAGACCAAGUACAGAUAAAGCCCUCUUCUAAGGAAGUUGUAGACUGGACAGACGUCAAGGGAGCGGAGAUUAAAGAGGAGAUCCACAAUGAUGUGUGUGAGGACCAUCAGGACAUUACAGUGACCAAAUCUGUUUUGAGGGACUCCAAAAAUGAAGACAGUGUCACCCUGAAGGACUGUAAGACCAACUCUGCAUACUUUCCUCUCAAAGUUUCCUCUCUUGAUGACGCCACAGUAGCAACAAACACUGGGGUUGAGACUAAAGAGCUGAUCCAAAAUGAUGUGGCUGAGUACCAACAGGACAUUACUGUGACUGAAUCUAUUUUUAGUGACCCAAAAAUUGAGGAUGAAGAUAUUUCGCUUAAGGACACUAAGACCAACUCUGCAUGCUUCCAGGAGAUUACAGUUGGCCAACAAACACUGAAAGAGAGAAAUGAGAAGGACAAAGGGCAAAAUAGACUAGAAGAAGAGAGAAAGAAGAUAGAGGAGCAAGAAAAGAAAUGGGUGGAAGAGGAAAUAAGAAAGGGAGAGAUGAUCAUAAUGGAGGAGCAAAUGAAGAGAGAGGAAGAGAAAAGAAGGGUGGAGGAUGAAAGAAAGGAAGAGGCUGUGAGGUUGGAGAUGAACAGAGAGAGAAUGGAGGAAGAAAAAAAGAUGAUGGGUGCAAACAAUGAUGAUAAUCUGUUAAGGAUUCAGGAAGAGGAGAGAAUGAGAGCUCUGGAAUUAGAAAAGAGGAACAGAGUGACAGACGAACAGCUAACAGACACCUGGACAGAAGCAGUGAAUUUAGAAGUGAAAUACUCAGAUGAUGAGGACUGGAUAGACUCUGAACGUGAUAAUGAAAUCAAGAUCCAGACAGAUGAGAAGCAGCAGGACCUUGAGAGUGAGUUGGAGGAGAGCAUUGAUAAAGAACUGAGCCAUGGAGAGCACAGUGACAUAGAGAAUAAACUGGCAGAGAAAGAGGUUGAGAGAAGCCCAACUUCUAUGGCAGAGCAGUCUGGAAAAUCAUCAGUCCAAGGUGAAGAACACUUGCGGAGCCUUGAAGUGACAGCACAUGCAAACCCACAGCAUACUCAAUAUAUGAAGUCACCAUUGCCAGAUCUCUCAUCUCCUACAGAAAAUAUGGCAUCACAAACCCUGCCUCCACGACAGGAUAAACUCACAGAUUCAGUGGAUGGGGAAACCUUCUGUGAAAAGCAGGAAUAUUCAGAUUAUGACGGUGGGACGGAGUCUGAGAAGUUGAACAAUGAAGGUAAGAUCCAGAAAGCUCAAGAGAUCCAGACGGAGGACAUUGACCACAAGUCUGAGGACAGCAUAGUUGAAGAACUGAGCCAAGAUGAUCAGAGUGACAUUGACAUUGACAUUGAGGCAGUACAUUUAGUGGAGGUUGAAAGCAACAUCAGCAGCUUCACAAAUAUGAGGAAACCAGCGGCAUGCGCAGCAGUACUGGAGGACCAGUCUGGGCAACAGUCAGCAAAGCCAAAAGACAUGGCAAAGGAACAGAAGGAUGGUGAUAAGAAGGCAGAAAUAUUGAGGGUGGAAGAACAAGGGAAGAAAGUUCAAGAAAACAGCCAGAAGCAUAAGACAAAACAGGAGCAAGAGACAAUGAAGUUAAAUAUGGGCAGAGAAAGAAUGGAAGAAGAGAUAAAGAUGAUGGAUGCAGAACAUGAUAAAGCCAAUAUGUCAAGGAGACUGGAAGAGAAGAGUAUGAGUGCUCUGGAAGAAGAAGAGGAGAAGAGGAGAGUAAAGGAGGAAGUUGAGACAGAAAUGGUGAAAGGACAUCCCUCCCCUGCAGAAAAGUUAGAGUCUGAUGAUAAAGUCUUGAGAGUCCCUAAAGAAUGUGAAAAAGAAGGAAAGAAAGGCAGGAAUAAAGGCAAGGAGAUCCUGACGGAGGACAAAGAACCUAUGAUGAAGCCCGAAAAGACAGCACAUGCAAAUUCAGAGAAUAUUCUACUGAAGUCACCUUUACAAGGAGAUCACCUCUCUCCCAUUGUGGAAAAGAUGUGA